AUGUCGUUGACACCUACAUCGUCCAAGGAGGAGCUCGAGCGGAAGCAAAAGAUCGAGCAGCAGCAAGCCACGGUCAUCACGGACGAUGGCGCCUCGGUCGUCGAAAGCCAGGCGAUCCGCGAAAGGAAAUUGACCUGGGUUGAGGCGACCUUAUUGCUCCUGACCGAAUACGUCGUUUUGUGAGUGGUGAUCGCUUCUGACUGAGCCGACGAUAGGCCUUGGGACCCGGGAGCCGUCUUCGGGAUUCGCUCGAAGUCCACCCGCUCGGCAGUGGCUCAAAUGUCGAGUCGCGCGGACCAGUCGCGUGAGGGCCUCCUCAAGUUGCCCGGUGGCCUCGUCGUCCGCAGUUUGCCGUCAAUCAUUCUGUCGCACAACGUAUGCCUAUCAUGAUCAUUCGCUAAUCCGGACAUGUAUCCUAUUAGGGCCAUCCUUGCAUUCCCUUCGUCAUAUCUUGUCCUCGGCAUGGCCGGUGGUGUACUCUCGACACUGAUCAUCGGCGUAAGUAUACAGUUGGGCCAUAGCUGGCGGCGAAUGCCUAGUGUCGCGGCCAACAACGUCGAUACCGAACGGGAAACAUGGCGAGGAGCGAUAUCUUCUUUGGUGACUGACUUAUCUUUAUUUUUAUCCUCGCAGGUCUCCACUUACUACACCUCGCACGUCUUGUGGCGGUACUGCCUCAAGCAUCCCGAGAUCCGGGAUAUUUGCGCAAGUUUGCGCCUGACCUCAGCUUACGCCGACGGCCAUAGUGCAAUCGGCUGACCCUUGGCUUGUUGCGUUCUUCCAGGAUGCCGCUUACGUUUUGACUGGGUCCAAGAUCGCUUGUAAGUGGGGAAGGAGCGAGACGACUUUUUUUUCUUUUUGCGACUACUUCGCUGAACGUCUGGCGUAUCUGUUUCUGCAGGGUUCGCCGCUUUCGUCGGUUUGGCCUUGAACAACUGGUGCGUGCUCGUCGGCUCUUCGACCAUGGCAAGAGUUCAACGCUAAUCACGAUUAUUAUCGAGCUACAGGGCUAUCAUGGGCUUGCACGUUAACGCUGGUGCGACCGCGAUUCAAUCCAGUGCGUACACCAUUUCGUCGGUCGAAUCUCCGCCUUGAAGCUGACAGGAGUGUCUGCCUUGCUGAACCGUCCAGUCCGUGGUGGAACCGAGACGACGCUGUUCUGGGCGUGCAUGAUGGGUCUCAUCAUGCUGAUUCCUUCUUACAUUCGCGAAUUUAAGCACAUGAGGUCAGUUUUUGACAUGCAGCGGCGUGAUUGUCGACCUGUUUGCUUACUAUCGAGACAUACCGUGUCCCGUGUCUUUCAGCUACCUCGGCACCCUCGCGGCUUUCACCAUGUUCAUCUGCGUCAUUAUUACGAUUGCCGGCCAUGGUGUCCAGCCCCACCCCAAUUACUGGCCUUCGCUCGGCACUGACGUCACCUACACCGUCUGGGCCCCCAAGGGCACCUCUUUCAUUCAAGGCAUGAACGCGUUGCUCAACAUCGUCUACACCUGGAUUGGACAUGCGCUCAUCCCUUCGUUCGUUGGUGAUAUGGAGAAGCCCGAGGACUUCCCCAAGGCCCUCGCCGUCUCGAUGCUAUUCGAGUUCAUUCUUUUCACCCUCACCGGUGCUUUGGUCUACUUCUACGCUGGACAAUACUCGACUGCCCCUGGCUAUGGUUCCUUGAUCGCCAAAUACGGCAAGGUCGCGGCUGGGUUUACCUUGCCGACCAUCGUCAUCGUCGGCGUGCUGUACUCGCUCGUCACGAGCAAGGCCGUGUUCUACCAAAUCUUCCGUGAAGGCUCGAGGCAUCGCACGCAGCACACCGUUCUGGGAUGGUCGACAUGGUUCGCCGUCGUCACCGCUGGUUGGAUCAUCUCCUUCAUCAUCGGUCAAGCCAUCCCCUUUUUCAACGACUUGCUCGCGCUCAUUUCGUCGCUCUUCGACUCGUGGUUCGGUUACAUCCUCUGGGCGUUGUGCUGGUUCCAACUCUACCGCGGCCGCUACACCGAGACGACGGGUCGCAAGAUCGAAUUCGUCGUCAACAUUGUAAUCCUCAUUACGGGUAUCUACUUCUUCGGUGCGGGCACCUACGCCAGUGUUCAGUCCAUCAUAAACUCGUACCAUGCUGGCGCCGUCAAGACACCUUUCACCAAGGUCGAUACUGGUAAGUUGCAGCAAGCCGUACGAAAGUAAGACGUUGUGCGGGCUGAUCUAACCGCCGUUUCUUUCCCAUCCUUCCUUCUCAGGCUUCACCUUCCCUUCGCCUUCGUCGUACAAUGCGACGUCCGGCAAAUUCAACUAGACGUCGCGGGCUUUCGGAUUGGCGGACGCAAGGUACCUUUCUGA